AUGCCAGAAUUUCAGAUCCAUGACGAUGCCCUCAUCUCCCUCAAGGACAAAGUUGUCCUUAUAACAGGAAGCACCUCUGGUAUAGGCCUUGCAACCACAAAAUUAUGCCUCGAUCUCGGCGCAAAAGUCAUCGCGGGCGACAUGAACCCCUUGUCCGACCAGUUCCUCCUCCAACAGCAAGCCGAAGAGCAGGACCAGCCAUCACAAUCACAACUUCUAUUCCAGCAGACGGACGUCACAGACUGGCCUAGUAUCCGCAACCUCUUCAUCCGCGGAUUCAGUCACUUCGGACGGAUUGAUCAUGUCUUUGCGAAUGCGGGGAUUGGACCGAGGACUAAUUUUCUCGAGGAGAGAUUUGAGGAGGGUGCAACAGAUGAUGGCGAAAAACUCCUCGCGCCACCUGAUCUCCGGACCGUCAAUGUCAAUCUUCUGGGCGUGAUCAAUACGGUUCGCUUGGGGAUUUACUACCUCCGCCGUGAAACAUCCGAUCGCACCUCCGCCUCAGUCUUACGAAGUAUAGUACUCACUGCAUCGGCAUCCUCGUUCCAGAACUUCAGCGCGGCGGAUUAUACUGUGGCGAAGCAUGGUGUUCUCGGGAUUCUUCGAGGCCUUGUAAACGGUCUACAAGCUGAUAGCCUCAAGGCUGGUGAAUAUCGCUGUCCUCGCGUGCGCCUAAAUGCGAUAGCGCCCUCGUGGACGGCGACAGGCAUGGUUCCUCGCGAUGUAUUGGCGGAAAUGGGAAUUGAGGUUCAGGAGCCGGAGGUUGUGGCGCGGAGUGUGGUUAUGCUGUGGAAUGAUGAGAAGCGGCACGGGGAGGUGAUUUAUAGCUGGGGCGGGAGGUAUGUGGAGAUUAAUCGGCGGGAGGAGGGUUUGCUUGAUGGGGCGAUCAGGGCGGUGCCGAAUAAAAUACUCGAGGAAGAUGUUCUGGCGAGAUUGAAGAGAUAA